AUGAAUGCAAGACAGAUACUCGGUCAAUUGUCUCAGAAACUAUCUUCAACUAUUGGUCAUGCUGGCAGUGGUGGUGGUGGAGGAGGGAUCAUUAAUGGUAAUGUUGCAAAUAGAAUACCAUUACUGGAGUUUAUACAACUAUACCGGAGUAUUCUUGCAACACUUUCUCAAUAUGGUUUGGAACAAGAAAUUGAAAAUGAUGAUUUAGCUAGACGACACCAACAAGAUACACCUAUUGAUUUGAUGACUCCAAUAUUAAACUACCUUCCUUCAACUGAUGAUUCUCUGUUGAUACCAUAUUUGGCUAAAAUAGUAUGGAAUUAUAUUCAUCACCCUUAUUUGAAAAUAAGUGUAUUGGUAAAUCUGUUGGACAAAAUCUGCCUGCUUCAACUAAUUAAUCUUCCUCAUAAGAAACUAACCUAUGUUGAACAUUACUUCAUCAUGAACUCUAACAAACAAGACGAAUUAACUAACUAUGUCAGUUUCUUAUCAUCUGCUUGUCAACUUAUCAAACAAUACAAAACAAUGGUCUCCACUUGGACUAAUGAUCUAGCUGAUUUAAAUAAUCUUUUGGAAAUAUCUACACAAGAAUCUCAUGCAUUAUUAAGGAAAUUAUUAUUCGAGAUCAAUCCAGAAAUCCUUGGAUAUAUAAUUCUGGUUCCCAAUUCAAUAAUUGUAAAUUACAUCAAAAGAAUGGUACUAUACGAACAACAACCACAGUCUCUUCAAAACAGUUUAAAAUUUAUCCUACAAGUUCUUGAUCAUAGUGGAACAAAUACAUUAACUCCUGCUGUGUGUCAUCGAUUACACUGUUGCGUUGAGGUGCUUCAAAAAUCUAACAAACACGAAGUAAUCACAUGUUAUAACAACCUCAACCCAAAAUUAUCCCUUUGCAUGACUUUGAAUUAUUUAAUUUAUAUCAUUUCAAAACAAAUUAUGAAGAAUCUAUUCAUGGAUGAAUUCCCUACUUGUAUGACUAAUCAUUUCCUGUUAUUUAGUUUACCACCACUACCAAAGCCUAUGGAGUUUAUGCAACCUGAAAACAAAAAUGACUUGGAGAAAGUAUUGUACAAAAUGGAAAUAAAUGAUAGUUACAAAAUAUUUCUCGUGAUUCAACAUAAAAUCCUAUCAGUUAUUAAAACUUACAUGGAAGACGAGUGUUUGGAAAUUGAAACUAUGAAUCAACACAUUGUCUGUAGUAGUCAAUUAACUGAAAAGCUCAUUUUAUCUUAUCAUGAAAUAUUCAUCGUUAGUUUGUUAUCUCCAUUGAUUCUUUGUCAUAAAUUUGAUAGUCAAAUGAUCAAACUGCAUCAAAGCAAUACUGUUCAUGAAUGUAUCCAUAAAUUGUUGAAUAUUAAAUACAAUACAGUAAAGGCAAAUCAAAUAUGGAUUACUUUGAUAAACACUGUUAAUGAUAUUUGCUAUUCUGAUUUACGUUAUAUCAAAUUGUUUAUAAACAUGUUUCAAUUCCAGUUGGAUAAUAAUAGUACUUCAAUCUUAUCUGAUGAUUUGAUUAAUAGUGGGUUAUGCUUCUUUAUAGAAACGUUUUGCCCGGAUCAUAAAUGGUUUAAUGAAAUUCCUGAUGAUGAGAAUGAAUGCAUGGUAUCAUUAGAUGAUUACAAGUUUCUUUAUCCCGAAUUGUUGAAUAAUAAACAACGGUAUACAUCCAAUUAG